AUUACUUUCAGGCCUACAUCUAUUCUUCGGCUAUUGACAACCUCUCCCUUUUCAGUGUGCAUGACUGGAGCUCUCACUAGCGCUGCUAGUGGACAAUCAAACCUACACACCCACCUCCAGACACACUCGCAUUUCUCAUUUCUUACUUCUAGUCUAAAUUAGAUAGCAAGACGUAGUGUCGGAGCUCACAGAUCGCAUUAGAAUUAGUUUCAAGUACUAGCGGUAGUUAAACAGUAAACCUUGAAAUUCAACAUGGAGUCCCCUCCAGAUCCAGCGAGCGACCCGGGCAACAGCGCCUCGGAGCCGGCUACCCCGGUCAGGGAAACCCCGGUAAACCUGGAGUCGCUCCGGAAAGCGGACCAUCCAGCCCCGGUUCGAAGGCAGACCUGUUCAAGCACCAACAGAGGUAUCUCAGUAACAAAGAAGACACAUACCUCUCAAAUCGAAAUAAUUCCCUGCAAGAUCUGUGGAGACAAAUCAUCAGGCAUCCAUUACGGCGUGAUAACAUGUGAAGGCUGUAAGGGCUUCUUCAGGAGGAGUCAGCAGAGCAAUGCAGCCUACUCCUGCCCCCGUCAGAAGAACUGCCUGAUCGACCGCACCAGCCGCAACCGCUGCCAGCACUGCCGGCUGCAGAAGUCUGCCGUGGGCAUGUCACGAGAUGCGGUGAAGUUUGGCCGCAUGUCAAAGAAGCAGCGAGACAGCCUGUACGCCGAGGUCCAGAAGCACAGGCUGCAACAGCAGCAGCGUGACCACCAACAACAGCCUGGAGAGGCGGAGCCGCUCACACCUAGCUAUGGCCUCUCAGCCAAUGGCCUCACAGAGCUCCAUGACGACCUCAGCGGCUACAUGGAUGGUCACACCCCCGAUGGCAGCAAACCAGACUCGGCGGUCAGCAGCUUCUACUUGGACAUCCAGCCAUCUCCUGACCAGUCAGGCCUGGACAUCAACGGCAUCAAGCCGGAGCCCAUCUGCGACUUUGCUCCCGGCUCUGGCUUCUUCCCUUACUGCUCCUUCACCAACGGAGAAACUUCCCCCACCGUGUCCAUGGCUGAAUUAGAGCACCUGGCCCAGAACAUCUCCAAGUCACACAUGGAGACAUGUCAGUACCUGAGGGAGGAGCUGCAGCAGAUGACCCCGGGAAGUCAUGUGGCAGCUGUGUGCUAUCAAAAUAACAGAGGCCAUUCAGUAUGUGGUGGAGUUCGCCAAGCGCAUCGACGGCUUCAUGGAGCUGUGUCAGAAUGAUCAGAUAGUGCUGCUGAAAGCAGGCUCUUUGGAAGUUGUGUUUGUCAGAAUGUGCCGUGCCUUUGACUCGCAAAACAACACAGUCUAUUUUGAUGGAAAGUAUGCCGGACCUGAUGUGUUCAAGUCAUUAGGCUGUGACGACUUGAUCAGCUCCGUCUUCGAGUUUGGGAAAAACUUGUGUUCUAUGCACCUGUCUGAGGAUGAGAUCGCCCUGUUCUCCGCCUUUGUGUUGAUGUCUGCUGACCGGUCCUGGCUCCAGGAGAAGGUGAAGGUUGAGAAACUCCAGCAGAAGAUCCAACUGGCCCUCCAGCAUGUGCUGCAGAAGAACCACAGAGAGGAUGGUAUACUCACAAAGUUGAUAUGCAAAGUGUCGACACUGCGAGCGCUGUGCAGUAGGCAUACAGAGAAGCUUACAGCUUUCAAAGCAAUAUACCCAGACAUUGUGCGUGCCCACUUCCCCCCCUUAUACAAGGAGCUGUUCGGAUCAGACUUUGAGCAGUCCAUGCCCGUUGACGGGUAGCAGCCCUGCCAGGUGCCAGUGUGCCCACCGUAGGGGAAUGUGGAGGAGGAAUCUGAGACACUUUAUUGGUGCCCUGCACAAACCAGAGCGGACAGAUGGCACGCUGUUCAACUCCUUCUUUUACAUCGGAGGGGAGGGCUUAGGGAGUUGAUUCUCAAGGUUUACUUUACUGAAUUUAGUUCUCUUUGGAAGACUUGUGGGACCCGACACCCCAUGGGACAUGAAGAGGAGAUAGGGACAAAUAAUUUCUGUCUGGUUGAACUUGACCCUCUUUUGCGCAUUUCUAACAUGGAAUUCAUGAUUCACUUAAUUUCAUUCAUUCAUUUUCACCAGUAUUUAUUGCAUCACCAUCAUUGUGAGUUUAUCUGUGCAUCUGACUUGUAAUUGUAUAACCAAUUAACGAGUCACUUUUGGAAUUGAAAUAGUUUUAAGAUGUCUUCAAUUAGAAGAUAAAUCCACAUCAGUAUGUUUCAGGUUACACUCCCAAAACAGUUUCAAUAUUGUCAUAUUUAAAGUUUUAAAUAGUCUUAUCCCUAUCUGUCCCCAAAGUGAAAUAAAUAGCUGAUAAAUGCGCACAUUUUGGUCAAGUUCAGCCGUUUUUCUCUUGUGUUCAGUUGUAUCUUUUGGACGCAGUUCCUGGAAUGAAAACUCACAGCGACUUUGAGGGAGGGUCUGUCGGCAUGGUGAUGCAAUCGGCACCUCUCUAUGGACAAUCGUUAAAAAAAAAAAAAGAAACAUAGAAUUCUGGUAAUUCUAAUGAAAAACGCAAUGAUUUUAGCUGUCAAAGACUCCAUCCACCAUUGUUGCAUAGUGAAAUCAUGUAAGGCCAUCUGCUAUUAAUCCUUCUCUGGACAGGUGCCCUGGAGAAGCACAGGGCACCAACACAAUGAAAAGGGUCCAUUCCACCUGUUUUAUAAUGUACUACAGGGUAUAUGGUCAUAAGUACUUACUAUACAGAAAAAAGUAAUGUUUAUAGAAUCUAUUUUAAAUAACAUGUAUGAUAUUAGUAGUUAGACCAUUCUUAAUUGUUGAAUUGAUAAGGCACUUUUAUUUACACUUUUCUUUAAUUUAAGACUUGUAUAUUUACCUAGUGAUGUGUUGCAUGUGCACAAGAAAUACAAGUUGAACCAUGGUCACAGAGGCUAGUCCUGGGAGCUGCAGAUGAUACUGGUCUGGAAGUGUAAGGGCUGUCUGUCAGGAUUGCUGGUGUGGCUGCUGGUUGGUGAACAAAGAGGCAUGGAUGAGAAGACAUUUUAGAGAAGCUCUGUCACCUGUUACCUCAACAACUGCCUGUCAGACACCUGUCAAAAUGUAGCUCUUAUACUCCUUUUAGCAAGUAUGGACACAUACAGUAACAGCCAACAAACCUUCUAGUGACGUUACAGUCUCGUGGGUUUCUUGAUCUUUCUUAUGAAUACACCCGGAUUGAACAUCAUUUGUUUAAACCUUUUUGUCUAAAUAAAAAUAUUUGGUACACAUUUUACUGUGAAAAACCUCACAUAUUAUGUGAAGAAGGGCACAACAAAACAUGAAAAUCCAACAUUAUUGCAGCCAGAGCUUAUAAAUCAACAUUAAAUAGCCCUGAAGCCGGACUGGAAAGAUCACACAUGGACUGUAAUCCAAUUGUUCCAUCUAGUGGAAGGUAUAGAUACAGCAAGUGAGUUAACAGCCUAAGCCUGACAAAGAUGCAAGGUCUACCUAAAAGCACAAGAGCCUCUGUCAAAAUGUUUUGAGCGUUUUUUGUUGUUGUUUUUGAGUGACUUUAUUUGCCUUCUCACCACAGCCUCAGCCCACCAAUGCCACAACAGGAGACAGAAGGAACAGUGAAGGGAAAGUGAAUAUUCAAAGCCUUGUCUGGUAGUAAAGCUUCUAUUUUUGUAACAUGUUUUGGUUAAUAAAGUCAUGAAAGAGAACGAGGGAGAGAAAAAGAUGUCAGGUAGCACUUAACUAUAUUCCCGCAAUAAUUAGACUAGCUGUUGUUUGUAUGAUUAGGGGAGAAACAUAAAAAUGGUAGGACAAGUGCUAUUUUCAGAAUGCUUUGUUGUUGUGUUUCCGUUAUGUUGAGUGUGUCUUUCUUGUCAGUGUGGUAGUAAAGUGGUAGAAAAAAACUCUGGAUGUGCCAAACAGUAGUCGUUGCUUCCGCUUUCCAGUCUACUCGUCUAUAAUGUAGAAUGGAUUCCUAAGACAUUCCAGCAAUCUCUGUAGCGGCUUCUAGAAAUAUCUUUUAAAAAAGAGCAAAAAAAAAAGAAAUGAAAAAAAAAGAAAAGUGAUAUCCCUUUAGAAACCCAACAAAGCAUGUUAAUACAUCUGUCACCAACAGUAACAUAGAAUCCAGUUGUUUGUCUUUUGUUUUCUGUUUGCACACUAUCAUUCCUCUGCAGUGCAAUUUGCACAAGACGUUAAUGCCUUGUGCUGUCACCCCUCAGGGACGAGUUUCUUUUGCGCUUUCUGUUUUGAGAGGACAUUUGUUUGUACUCAUUAGGUUUAGUUUAUGUUUUUUGUCAGUGAUUGAAAUUAAUAUUUGAAUCUUCAUCACAGAGUGGUUUCUGAAUUUUCACAUUAUUGAUGUCCUUUAGGGGCCUCCAGCCACUCAAAGACCACCACUGCGCCCCCACUGUCAAGUUCAAGAAAAUGUCAUUUGUAAAAACAACAAAACCCCAUCACUUUUACAAACCGCAGUUUUAUCAGUACACAGCAUAUUCCUGUCACACAAAAAUCUGUUUUGGUUUCAAAUGGUGUCAUCAGGGUCUUAAAAAAUGAUAACCCUCUUUAUUAGAAAAACCAAAUAUUCUUAUGCAAUACUAAAUCUGUUGUGUUUGGGUUGUGGUAUAUGCUGUACCCAAGUAAUAAUCUCUGUUAUGAUCCAAUGCUAUUUGGAUAUGCACAAGCCCUCUACGACUAGUAAACCUCAGUCUCCCAGCAAAAGAAAACCCAGUCUGGAACACUGCUAGACAAUCCAGGUUGAGAGGCCCAGUGGCCUGGCAAGAGCAGCGAAGAGGAUGAGGUGUGAACGCUCAGGGAGGUAACGGGUAGACCGAAGAAGCAGCUCGCUUUCCUCUGGACAGUUGCAGAGCAUUUGAUUAGCUCUGUUAUGAAUUAAUGAGGUCUUUAAAAUCUCUUCAAAGCACUCAAUUGAUGAGAAGAGGUAGCAUAGCACACUGAACGGUAGUUACAGCACUUACUGUUCAGAAAACAAUAAAGAGAUGGAGAUUUGGCUGAUUUCCUGUUAUUUAUUUGCAAAAAAAAAAAAAAUUUGGUUUGUUUCUUGAAAAUGAUUCAGUUUUCUUAAGCUGUUGUAAUAUUGCUUGAUGGUCACAUAAAACAGUAUUUUUUCUCAAAUAUGAUCAGCAAAGGUCUACCACCAAAACGGUUCUCCUCUCAUAAAGUGAAAAUUUGUUUUUCAUUUAAGUCUACAUGUUUGAGUGGCAUGUAAUGUGUUCUACAAUAUAAAACAAGCAAUAUGCCUUGUGUUACAAUUACGGGUCUCUACAGUGCAGUCAUCAUCCUUUUUGAAUUGACUUUAUUCAUCCAGCUGAUUCAAACUGAUAAGGUUUACUCUCAGUCUAGAACAAAAAAUAAUAAAGCCCCAUUACUCUGUUUUCAUCUUCUUAUGUACUGGUAUUGUUGGAAGGAUAGCAGAAAAUGGUCAUCAAACACAUGAAUACUUGUGUCUAACUAUAAACUGCGCCUUCGCACAGGCCUGUAAAGUGAUGUCCUUCUGUAUAUUCUCACUUGAGAUAUCCCAAUUUACUGUAAGUAAGGGAUUGAUGCUACGUGUGCUAUUCAAUCAGUGUAUAGUAUUCAGUAAAAUGUGCUGGUCCUUCUGUCUCUGCUCUGUUGUCUGUUUGUAAAAAGCAAUAGUGUGUGUGUGUGUGUGCGCGCGAUUGUGUGUGUAUGUGUUUGUUCUCGCAGUGUGUGAAUAAAAUAAACCCCAGACAAGGCUUUAAUAAUUACAGAGGGAACAGGGUUAUGUGGAACGAGGAGGUCUUGAUUUUAUUUUGGGACUUUUUUCUUUUUUUUAAAAAAAAAAGGCUUUGGAAUUGCUGAGCUUGAUCCAUCCAUAAAUAGGUGUAGGUUUUUAAAAGCAUGACAUAAUGCCUUCAACAAUUCAUGGGUCUGCAGGAUGCUGUGAGGCAACAUUGACCAGCUUCACAGUGCAAACAUGCUUCGCUAUCAGUUCGGACAGCACGGCAACAGCCUGAGCUGAAAUGAAUUGGAGUGAAUUCUGGACUGUAAAUUGUGAAAAAUGAGUCUUCUUGACCAUACAAAUUGUGAAGAUCAGAGUUAUGUCACGCUUAAAGUUGUGCUGGAGUGUCGGUGUGUUACCCAGAAUUAUGAGUCAGUCAUCAUACUUUAACAUAACUCACUUUCCAAAGCACAGCUGAUAAGGAUUUAUGAUUAAAAAUACGUUUAAGAAUAUAGUUUAAAAAAAAAUUGAAAAGCAACUUUUAGCCAUAAUCGAAUGUCAAGCAAUAAUAUAUGUCUGUGUAUUAUUUUUGAUUCUUUUGUGCAUAAUAGUCUUUGAACAUCUGCAUGUAAAUACACCUCUUAUUUAUCACUUUUUUGGUUUUGUUUUAUUUUUGUGUUGAUUUUGUGGAUGUUUUUAUGUUUCAUCUGUAUAUUUGACCAGUUCUGUUCCCAGGUGGAGAACUAAGAACUUGACAUGGCCUGUAUGCUGUAUAUCUUAUUUUCUCUCUCUUUCUCUCUCCCUCAUUCUCGGCUGUUUAUUCACCAUAUUUAAUGUUAUUAUUGAUCACAUGUAUAAAGGUAGCUUUGUAAUUUCUGUCUGUAUAGGUAAGAGGAAAAUACUGCUACUAAGGCCUACCCAGUGAAAAUAUUUAUCUGUUUAUCAAUUACACCAUAUUGUACGAUAACUCUGUUUCUAGUUUGCUUCCCUCCUCCUUUAGGAUUAGUUUGAUAGCGAUAGGGUGUGCUGACAUUUAUUUUGUGUUGCCCUAAUGUGUGGUGCUAGGUAAGUUAAUUUUGUGAACAAAGUAUUGAUUCCUAAGCCUGGCCACCCUAUUAGUCCAUUCAUUUCAUUGCAUAUUAAUGUAUUAUUGAUAUUAGGACUCAAUAAAUAAUAAUGAUAAUGAAAAUGAUAGUGGUAAAAAUUACCCAGCCAGUACCUGUAUCAGUGUGCUCGUCUUGGGAUAAGGCACUUAUUUCCUUCUGACUUAUAGCAAAGCUAGUAUCUGCUAAUUAACAAGCUAUUUAAGGUUGCUUUCCUGGUUUGUGGAAAAAUGAUAAUAUUCAAACUGAAACAGCAGUAUUGUGUUUUUUCUUUGUCUGAUUGUAAAAACCACUCACUGAGGCUAUAGUUUGUCAGGUUUUAAGAUACUAAAUAUUUACCUCUCUUGCGUCUGCAUAGUUCUUCACCUGAUGCAGGGAAGUGGUGCUUGGAUUUUAUUAAACAGAGCCUCGGUAUGCUUUUGUUAUUCCCCAUUUUAGACUAUCCUGAAAGUGGUUUCUUCAGACCAGUGGCAUAAACCUCUUGCACCACAUGAAGUGUUACAAAUGUACAUGAAAGAAUUGCCAUUUGAGGACAAAGUUGACCUUUUCUCUCCACUCUGUAGCAAAUAUCAGUGAGAAUAUGCUUGCAAUAAUAUACAACGUAUCACACUGAGUGCCUCUUGGUGUAACAAGAUGCAUACAUGGUUUUGAUUGUCUUUUUUUGUGGUUUUUCCAGACGUGUACUGAAGUGACAAUGUAUUUUGUACAUGAGGAUGAAUUCUCACUCUCACAUGCUUCAAAUGUUUUUUCAGAGUCUUUCUUUUAUGUGAUGGUAAUCAUUUUCACGUGGGUUGAUGCACUAUGUGAAAGGGUUUCAAUGUUUUGAUGGUCCGUUUUUGAGUGUAAUGUCACAUCCCUCACCUUAUUUGAGAAACACAACUGGAAAGUUUGUUUCAUGUUGAUCUUGAAUGGUCAAAUAAAUGGUCGCAGAAAAUAUUACACAAAAGUUCACCUGCACGUUGUUUUUUGUUUUUUGCUUAGGCAAAAACUAACAGGCAAUCCACUUUUCUUCAUUUUCUGUUUGUUUUAUAUCAGCUCCUUUUUUAUUUAAUCGGAGAACAGAAGAUUUACUAAUGCAUUGUAUGUCAAGUAUUUGUAUGUGUUUGUAAAAGAGGCAUACAACACAUCUGGAUUUCUUUAAUGUUCUGUGUUCAACGCACGCUUUUACGUCGGUUGGGGUAACGUGAAGGGUGGGUGGAGCACGGGUCGAUUCUUUUUUUUCCAUGCAAAAGCAGUACAAAUUAUGGGAAAGCCGAAACUAGUGUGUGGUUGUCACAAAUUUCUAAGUCACACGUUUGCUACUGAUGUUAAAAUGGGGACAGAUGAUCAUGUACCUUUUUAUCCAGCUCUUUUGAACUCUCUUUAGCAGGUAGUCUAUUCACAAACGUAGUUUUGCUCCUUCUUGUCUGAUUCUUAAAUAUGAAAAUAAGUAUUUUGAUUCAUUUUGUAAAUACAGCUGUAAAGAAAAAUAAGAAAUUUAAUGUUGUCUUUUAAAUACUUUUCAUUCUAAUAUGAAUGUUGUUAUAUUGUACUUAGAAACUGUACCUUUAAUAUUACCUUUAUUAAAAGUGCAUUGGACACAUCGAUUUUAGAUGUGCUUUAUGUGCUGUUAUCCCAUAAUAAAAUUUACCGCUUGUAAU